AUGCCCAAACGACCGCGCUGCCCGGUCUGCAACUCGAAGAGAUGGCACCGAGACGGGCUAUCAGGCUCGAUCGUCUGCGAGGAAGGCCAUUUGAUGCAGGGCUACGUGCAAGAGACGACGGAAACGCAAGAAGGACCCUCUCAGCACACCCAGACGACCCGCCGAAUGCGCAAAGGGCGCACAAAGAAGGAGAAGCCGCCCUCGAACGACCACUUUCACGGCCAUAGGGCGACGUUCCUCGUCUGGCAGUGCAUGCAGCUCAUCCUGCGCGAGCAGCUGCGUGUCUUGAUCGACGAGAUGGGUUGGCCGGUCGAGUUGGAGGCUGUCGCACGCGACUUGUGGACUAUGCUCGUCGCCAGCUCGAAAGUGCCCGCUGCGCCGAUCGACUACGAGAAGGGCGAGGAACCGGCGGGCAGCUACAGCGGACCGAGGCCGGGAGACCGCUACACUCGCGCUGGGAGGAAGCCGUACGGUCGGCGAGGCGCGAAGAAGCCGGUCAAGAAGGAGUUGGAUGAGGAGGAAGAAGAUGCGGGAGACGAUAUCGGAGACGGAGGAGGCGCCACGACGACAGAUGCGGAAGGCGCGGACGAGGACGAGGAGGAAUCGGACGCCGAUUCGUACUUUUCCGAGGGUCAGGACGCCGACGACGAGCGACCGCGUGCAGGCGCAGCAAGUCGUACCGGCUCCCCCUUCUCACGGCAACCCUCGCCACAUGCGACAGGCAACUCGCAGGAACAGCCUCCAGCUUCCGCUCGAUACCCUCAGCACAAGCGGCGGAGUCUCGUGCCUGCUCAGACAAAGAGCGACAAUCCUCGCGAUCAGCCGCGAAUGGAGUACACGCUGCUCGUCAUCUACCUCGCUUGCAUUACGCUUCGUCUGCCCGUCUUCCUGGCCGACCUUUUCCGCCUCGCCGAAACCUACCAGAUCCGCUACCUCGACGCCGUCAUCCACCUGCCUGCCAACAUGCAGGCACAUCUUCAUCACCACAAUCGCGACCUGCUCUCGCCCACUGCCAUCCCACACCUCUACUCGCACAACCCGUCGCUCGACCAGCAUCGCGAAGAAACAGCUCAGAUCUGGCUCGCCCGGCUCGUCGAGAUGUACCGCGAGGAUUGGUCGAUUGAGUUCCCCGAGGCGAACGUCCCGUUGAUGCUCGGACGGCUGUGCGAGGUUCUCGCUCUUCCGCCCCUCGCCUACUCUCUCGCAUUCACUUUCAUUGGCCAGCUUCCCGCUACAGCCUCAUUCUACCUCGCCGACAGUAUCAUCCUUCCUGCCUCCGCCUCUCCCGCUCACAAGUCCGCCUGGCCCGUCCGGCUCGUCGACAAAGGUCUCGCACAAGAUUGGCGGACUGCGCUGCCUGAGGUCAAGAUCGCGACCGUGCUGGUCUUGCUGUGUCGGAUGCUGUGGACGCUCGACGAGGACCGGGCUGAUGGCAAAGCUCCGAUCUUGUCCGCCGUAGCCUCAAAGCUUCCUCGCUGCGACGACUGGCUCGAUGCUGUUGAGCGCAUCGCAGCGCUCGAACGUCCAGGCGAUCAGUCCCGCCUCUGGAGUCAAGAAGUUGUCGAUAUGCUGCCGGAAGACAUCGACGCAUACCUCGGCUUCAUCGAAACCAAGAUUGUCAGCGAAGAGAAGGUCCCCAGCCGCAUGCCUGAGAUCUCGCGCUUCUUCCCGCCUCAAGACACCUCAGACUCCUCAGGCCGUCCUCCCUCCACUCCCGAAUCGUACCUCUCGCAACUCGCCUCCAUCAUCUCGUCGCUGUACAGGGCGCCUCCCUGCACCGAUCUGGACGACUCCUCCGGACCUGAAACCCUGUCCUCCGUCUUGCCGGACAAAGCCUCUCACGAAACUCCGUCCGCCCUCAUCGCCUCGCUCCCUCACGCCCUUUAUCGUCUUCUCACCGUUCUUGCGUCCCAUCUCACCCCUUUGCCGAGCGCGCUGCCUGCACACCUGCGCAGCGCUGCUCCGAAGGACUCCUUCGACGGUGUCCUCAACCUCCUUCCCUUCGUCGACCAGCUCGAACAGGUCCUCCUUCAGAGUCGCGAGUCGGCCAAGGCGACAAAAGAAAAAGUCGACGAGGCGCGCGCGACCGCUGCGGAGGAGAAGAAGCGGAGGAAGGUCGCUGAGAGUCAGCGGCGGAAAGAGCUUGACCGACUUCGGAAGGAGACCCAUGGCCGCAGGAGGAACCGCUCGAAGGCGACCGUGGACAGCGAGGACGACGAGGUCAUGGAAGAGGGCGGACAGCAGGUCAAGAGCAAGGAGUGGAUCUCGGACAGCGACGAGGAUACGGGCGGGGAUGGCGACAGCAGGGAGGCCAGUCUGCAUGGGAGAGUCGGAACGGGCGAGGCGAGUGAGGACGAGGACGAGACGGGAGACUCUGGGUCCGUCUGGACUGCCGGUAGCGAAGCGUGA